GGGCGGGGGGGAACAUGGCGGCCCCCGGGGGCCCUCGGCGCGGCCCCGCACCGCGCCCGGCCCUCUGCUGUCAGGAGGGGCGUAUGGCGUGUCCGUGUACAGAUACACGUGUGCUUGCGUGUGUGUGUGUGUGUGUGUAUAUAUAUGUGUGUGCGCGCCUGUAUACACGCACACAGGUGUGCGCGCAGGGCUCGGUGUGUGAACGCCCUCAGACAGGGAAAUCGGGAUGUAACAGCAAAACCUCCUCUGGUUCCUGGUGCCCCGUGUGUUUCCUGGCUCUGCUGUCGCUGCAGGAAGCAGGGGGUUGCUGUUUCCUGCCUGUUGGAGAUGCAGUGUUCUCCGGUGAAGUUGUCCUCGGGGAAUUAGAACUGGUGAGCAGAAGACUUGCUUUUAAUGAAAUAUCCAGCAUGCGCUGAGAAACAAGUCAGAAAACCCAGCCUAAAGCUAAUGUCGUCUGAAACACCCACAGACAGUCCAGAGGUGCCAAUGGAAAAUACCCCGUUCCCUGAAGUUCCUGAUGUGGAAGGAAAGGCGAAGUCAAAUGACAAUCCAGUAGAGAGAUUGGAGGCAGGCUCAGGCAAGGAAGAAUGCCUUGAAUCCAUGUCCAAGAGGCAAAGGAAGAAGCUGUUGAAGCAGAAGCAGUGGGAAGAACAGAAAGAUCUACGGAGGCAGAAACGAAAAGAAAAACGCCAGAAGAGAAAACUAGAACGUCAGUCAAAAUUGGAUUCCAGUAGUGAGGGGAAUGACAGAAAGUGCAUGCGCAGGGAAGUUGUUCCUAGCACACUUCGCCUUGUCGUGGACUGCAGCUUUGAUGACCUGAUGGUGUUAAAGGAUGUGAAGAAGCUUCACAAGCAGAUUCAGAGAUGUUACGCAGAAAACCGCAAGGCAUUUCAUCCUGUGCAGUUUUACUUGACCAGCCAUGGGGGACAGUUGAAGACCAACAUGAACGAAAAUGACAAAGGAUGGGUGAAUUGGAAGGAUAUCCAAAUUAGGACAGAGCACUAUACUGAGCUAAUAAAGAAAGAAGACCUAGUAUAUCUUACCUCAGAUUCCCCAGAUGUUCUCAGAGAGCUUGAUGAGAAGAAAGCCUAUGUGAUUGGAGGACUGGUGGAUCACAAUCACCACAAGGGAAUUACUUACAGAAAAGCUGUAGAGCAGGGAAUUGGUCACGCCCAGCUACCACUUGGAAACUUUGUUAAAAUGAACAGUCGGAAAGUGUUAGCUGUCAAUCAUGUGUUUGAGAUCAUCCUUGCAUACCUGGAGAAGAGAGACUGGAAGGAGGCCUUUUUCAGUGUCCUGCCACAGAGGAAAGGGGCUGUUCCUUUGGGAGAAACCAAUGAUUCAUCCAAACAUGCUCUGUCUGGAAAAGAAGAUGAAGACAAUGACUCGGACAGCAACUAGGCUUCAGAAUUGGAUGAUGGGAAAGAUGAGACAUGCAGUUUGUGGAAUAAAACUGGGACAUGAAGUAGUUUUACUUCAAAGACCAUCUACAGUCCUUGCAAUGCUGAAUUGUCUCGGUGCUCGGUGGUACCAGAGCUGUUUCUGUGCAUGAAGGGUUACGUUAACUGCAGGUUUUUACCCUGAAACUUCAAUAUAAUAGCUUUUUAAAAAGAGAAGAAAAAAAAGUAAUGGAAAAUGCACCAUUUAUUUUUUCCCAGGGAAGCUGUUUAAUUUAAUUUUUUAAAUAUUAUUUUUUAAAUAUUAUUUUUUAUACAUACCAAGUUGGAUGUAAAUGCAUAACACUCAUUAGUAGUUAAUAUUUUAAUGUAUACAGUCUUGUCUCCAUUUCUCUUCAAAAGUUUUCUUAAAAGCAAUGAAUGACAAGGGCUUCUUUGGUUCCAAAACCUGUGCCACUAGUGCCUGCUGGAAAGUGCGCAUGAACACUCAAAACAAAAAUUCUGAUUUUCUUGAGCAUCUCAACAGACAAUCACAAGCAACUGAACUGCCUGAUUUAUAUAUUGUGUUUAGUUAGCUGGGGUCAGUAGGUGAAAUAUGAAUGUGGGGUUAAGCCAGUGCUUUAUACUUGAGGCUUGAGAGGGAUGGGUGUUAGCACUGGUGCAAAUCAUGUGCCUUGGUAGGCACAUGGUGCACACUGAGGUGACUCAAUCACUUUUGAUUAUUUCUUCAUAUUCUCAGCAAAAUUUAUCACAUAGCCUCAGAAUAACACCAGGAGAGAGGAAUUCUUCCUUACAGGUCACUCAGAUUCAGUAUUACUGUGUAAUCACAGGAUCCUGUAUGUAUUGUAUUGCCUAUCAAAUAUUUUUCCUUUAAAAAAAAAGUCACAAUCUUA